UUGGAGUAAACAUGGCUUCCCCUGCCGGUUGUGAGCAUUAUGUUCGCAGCUGCUUAUUAAAAGCACCUUGCUGUGGUAAACUGUAUGUGUGUCGGCUGUGCCAUGAUGCGGAGGAGAACCACCAGAUGGAUAGAUUCAAAGUCACGGAGGUGCAGUGCACCGAUUGUCAGACAGUGCAGCAGGCACAGCAGACUUGCCAGGAGUGUGAUGCGCAGUUUGGGGAGUAUUACUGUGACAUUUGCCACUUGUUCGAUAAGGAUAAGAAGCAGUACCACUGUCAGCCCUGUGGAAUAUGCAGGAUUGGGCCCAGGGGGAAGUAUUUCCAUUGUGAGAAGUGCAAUCUGUGUUUAGCUCAGGAUCUGCGGGGAAACCACAAGUGUGUUGAAAAUGUCUCGAGGCAGAACUGCCCUGUGUGUAUGGAGGAUAUUCACACGUCCAGAAUUGGUGCACACGUUCUUCCAUGCGGCCAUCUUUUACACAAAACCUGCUUUGAUGACAUGGUCAGAACAAGAGUGUAUCGCUGUCCCCUAUGUAUGCACUCUGCCUGGGAAAUGGAAGACUACUGGGACCAGAUAGACAAAGAGAUUGCCCAAUCACCGAUGCCCACUGAAUACCAGGGUGCAACUGUCAAAAUUAUAUGUAACGACUGCCAAGCCCACUGCACAGCGCCUUUUCACGUGCUGGGGAUGAAGUGCAGCGACUGUGGCUCCUACAACACUGCCCAGGAUGGGGGACUCAUCCAGCAGCCUCAACAACAACAGCAGUCAGAGCAGGAACCUGAGGAGAAUGAGGCAGAAACGGACACAGAGCCAGAGCUGCAAGAUCAGCCUCAGUUGCCCACGCCAGAUUAAUAAUUGACAUUAGUACUUUAGACGUUUGCCUGGUGCUCAUACUUUAGCUAACUUACAUAAAGUGUAACAGUGGACAACCAAUAUUCAUAGACUGUACAUAUUACAAAAACAAUCCAUCUAUUUUCUGUUUACCCUUUUCAGUGCUGGAACCUCUCCCAGCAUGCACUGGGUAAAAUGAAGUGUGUCACAUGAUUCACACACAAUUUACACCUACAGGCAAUCUUGAGUCUGACCACCCAGGAAGGACUUACUGGAGGUGACAGUCUAGCCGCUGAGCCACUGUGUGGCACCAUGAUAAAGAUAUAGAAUGAAAGGAUUACUACUGGUGGUGUUGCAGUAUCAUACCAAUGGUGAUGGUUUUCUGUCAUUCUACUGUACAUCCUAUUUUGAUGUUCCCCGUAAAACAGUGUGAACACAAGUGUGUAAUCUUGGAAUGUAUAGUCUUUUAUCUGCCUGUACAACUAUACUUAACACCAGUUUUGUAAGUUUGUCAGACCCAAAUAGAAAUCUGCCUCAGGCAGAUGUCAAAGUGUUGACAACAUAGAAAGUUUCCAUGUUCACUGACACUGGCAGGAUGGCAAUGUACAUACCAGGUUCAUAGAAUACAAAAAUUAAAAAAUAUCUAAGAUUUGAAAAAGUUGAAUUCACACCAGGGCAAUUAAAAUAUAUGGAAAUAUAGUGCACUUUUAAAUUCUGCUGCAUUUUGUUCAGAUGUGGAUUAAAAUCAGUUCUUUCACACCCGGCAUGUUAUCUACUUGUUUAAAUCAGUAAUGUUAUCAAAAAGUGAAGUAUAACAUAAGAAAUAUUAUAAAUAAUAAUUUUCCAUGGACGAGGUAAACCUGUAAUAAAUAUUAUAUUUUCAAAAGCCAGCAAAAAUGACAGUACGGUAUGUGGCAUAGGUUCCAAGUCUUGCCAACUAGGAAGAUAUAAUGGACAUACUUCAAAUCCUCUUUUGGGCAUUUCCUUCAAAACAGACAGCUGCCUGUGUCCAGAGCUUUGAAUCCGACCAAUCCACUGAGUUUGAGUCUGUAAACGAAGUGACGAGAUGAUAUUCUGUCUGAUAUCAGCCAGUACAUACAGGACUCAUGUCUAGUGGCUGCUGGACAUCAGGCCUGUGUUUCGGUACCAUUUGCCUGUUGUGUCUGUAGUUGUUGGUUAACAGACAUGCAAACUGUCAAUGAGCAUGAUGUUACCGAGCUACUAUUAGAGACAACAAUAAUCAUUUUCAUCCGUUCAUACGAAUUCAGCUUCAAUUUGCUUUGUGUAGCACAGGUACAUCACCACUGAUAAAGGACAAGUUAAAGCCAAGUACUACAUGUGUAUAUGUACAACCAUAAUAAAACGUUCUGGGUUGACCACA